CUUGUUAUCGUCCCAUCGAUUCCCCACCAGCCAAGCCCCUCGCUACCUCCGCCGCUCCUCGCCGGCGACAUCGGUGAGCGUACGGACCCGCCCGUGGCCCCGAGAUACAAAUUCCGCCAUCCCCGGAGGUCACCUUUCAUCACCAUCCGAGUUCUGUGGUGCCUUAAAUUGGUGAAAUCGAUACACGGCUAUUGGAAACUUUAGAGUUUAGUCUCAUCAUAUUCAUGAGUCAUCAAAAGCGUGAAGCCAGUUCUAGCAAUGAAGAUUGGGCAUCAAAACGCCCAAAAGGUGCUGCCACUUCUACUGAAAAGGAUUGUCAAGUAGAGACUGCUAGUUCUCAAGAAACGAAUGGUGAAAAGAGAGACACCUCUCAAAAGGGAAGCAACUUGCCGCUAGACCCAUGCAUCUCGGAUGAGAAAUCCGCAACCAUCUCGGAAGUUCCAAGUCAGCAAGAGAUGAUACUAACUAGUGUUGAAGCCGAUGCUGCAGAAGACAAGGGCUGCAGGCAUACAAUGGAGGAUGCCUGGGUGGUGCUUCCUGAUGCUAGCAUGGGAUCUCCUGGAAAUUUGAGAUCUGCACAUUUUGCAAUAUAUGAUGGGCAUGGUGGCCGCUUGGCCGCGGAGUAUGCACAGAAGCACUUACACCCGCAUGUUAUUGCUGCAGGAUUACCACGUGAGUUGAUGAAUGUUAAAGUGGCAAAGAAGGCCAUUAUUGAAGGUUUCCGUAAAGCUGAUGAAUCACUACUGCAAGAAAGUGCUAAAGGAAACUGGCAAGACGGCGCAACAGCUGUAUGUGUUUGGGUCUUGGGACAGACGGUUGUAGUUGCGAAUGCUGGGGAUGCUAAAGCAGUAUUAGCUCGUUCUACUUCAACUGAUGGUGAAGGUGUGGUGGCUGACACCAAAAGUCCACUGAAAGCUAUUGUUUUGACAAGAGAACACAAAGCCAUCUUUCCACAAGAACGCUCGAGAAUCCAGAAGGCUGGAGGUUCUGUUGGUCCUAAUGGAAGACUACAAGGGCGCAUUGAAGUAUCUAGAUCUCUUGGAGAUCGUCACUUUAAGAAGGUGGGGUUGAUUGCAACACCAGAUGUCCAUUCUUUUGAACUCACAGUGAAGGACCAUUUCAUCAUUCUUGGAUGUGAUGGCUUGUGGGGAGUGUUUGGGCCAAGUGACGCUGUUGAAUUUGUCCAGAAGCAAUUGAAGGAGACGUCCUCAGCCACGCUCGCGGUGCGGCGCCUGGUGAAGGAGGCUGUCCGCGAGAGGCGGUGCAAGGAUAACUGCACUGCUGUUCUGAUCGUCUUCAAGCACUAGAAUUGUUUGGCUGUUGCAACAAGCUUCUCACAGAACUGAACCCGAGAAGAGAAAUUUGCGAAGAGCAAUAUGUGAUUCAAGCCUUCAUGAUUUCCGUGCUCUGGCAAACGAUUGUGCGUGUCCAUGAGAACACUGUUAGUGCACUAUCUGUACUUCGUUUUGACAUUUUUUUUUUUUGCUUUUUCCAACCUUGAUUCUUGUAGCAAAAGCCCCUCUAAACUGCUAUAAAGAAAUGUUACUUGGCCGGUCUCAUGUGACCCAAGUCUCUUUUACAGCUAUUUACAAGGUCUGACCUGCUUCUUUAUUUUAUUUUUUCCAUCGAGAAGACUAGAUCUUCAACCAAUGCAUAUAUAGGAGUAAGUGAAUCUUGGAUUCUGAUCGAAUUGUCAGUACUACGUGUAACUUAAUCCUUGAUAUAUGUGCUGAGAA